GCUGAAGGCGACGACGACAACUUGACGCCGGUGGGAGGAAGGACUUCUCCAUACCGUUAAUUGUCUCUAAAUUGUAAGACAAGUAUUGCUGAUAUUCGGGUACUCAGUCUGCAACCUGUCAACAGCCGCUGGCAGAUUCUCCCUAGCAUCCGACACUGCGAAGCAAGAUUAGAACUCCAUCUCUUGCCACACUGUUGGCGGAUAUAGCUGGCGGCAACAGCUAUAAAAGGACAGAGAUGGUCAAUUCGCGUAAGCGUCCAAAGCGACGCCAAUUACUCCACUUACGGAAGGAAAGUAAAGCAAUGUCAAUUCUAAGCCAAGAAUCUGCUUCUAUCUCAGAGAAUGAACACCAAAGAAAUACGAGGCCAGAAGAGCGACGAGAACAAAGGCGCCAGUUACGAUUGCAAAUGAAGCAAAGAUAUGAUUUACGAAGCUGCCACCAUGUGAAUAAAAUAAAGAAUAAAAAUGUGAAGAAAACAAAUAUUGUUCAAGACAAAGCGAGCGGUCCCAGUGCUCGUCCCAAAAUGAUUAAAAAGAAAGAAAAUGUUGUCCAAGAUGACAAAGAAAGUAGUCUCAGGAAAGGUAGUCGUCUUCAAGAGCCUGGCAGUGGUAUUGAUAAUCUUGGUGUGCCUAAAAACAGUAGAGGAAGUCCCCGUGUGUCAGAAGACAGUAAAGAUGAUCUCAUUAAGUCCAACACCCGUAAAUGUGGCCUUGAAAAGUUAGACACCAGAAGAGAAGAAAUGAGUAUGUCAUUAAAUACUGUUCAAGACAACGAAGAUAGUAGUCUUGGUGUUCGUCCCAAAGUGUCUAGACAGGUAAACUUUGGAAAUUACCAGUCUUGUAGCAUGACAAGACACUAUGGCCCCCACAGCGUCACCUUCAUAGGCUCAAAUUCUCCUCAGCAGUCUGGUUCAAUCAACAAGAGCUGCUUCCGCUGCGGAAAGAGAAUCCUUAUAAUUACCACUGUGGACAGCUUAUCAUCGGCGAAGGAAAAGGUUGAGUGCAGCAGCUGCGCCCAGGAGCCCGUCCAGAACGAUUACCACGUCUGUGGUCACUGUGACCGCGACUUCGUGGAUGAGAGUGCCCUUCUGCGGCACUAUGAGCUUCACCUGGGCCUGGCAGCCUUCAGGUGCCCCACAUGUAGGCAAAGGUUCCCGGAACACGCCCAACUCGAGGAACACAGCCUCAGCCACAUCCGACCUUUAUCUCCUAAUGAGGAUGCUAAACAAGAUUUUUUUGCCUAUUUUUUGCACGAUUUUGAGAAGCCAUGAUUAUAUAGUGUUGUCAUUAUUAUUGACAGUGACAUUAAUUUGAAUAUGAUUUAUUACUUUCAAUAUUAUUAUAUUACAGCAUUGGCGUAUAUAGUAGUUUUCUAUUUUCAUUUUCAACAAGGAAUCAGUAAGUGCACAAUUAUAAUAUUUUGUUUAAGAUUGUUACGUAUAAAUAUCUUGGUAUUGCCCAGGUGGUGUUAUGAUACCCAUCAAUGAUGUAUGUUAUCUUCCACUAUUCACUUGGUAGCUAAUUCACCUUUCUUAACCCGUAAUUGUGACAAUAAUCGGGUACAGAAGAGUGCAGAUUGUAACAGAAUGGUUACAUUGCAAAUACAUCUAUUAUUUACAUUUCUAUGUUACUUUUGAUUUGAGAAGUCAGAUUAAUGCACUAUGAAUUUAGUAUAGUGUAGAAAGCUAUUUAACUGGCUUAUUCUAAUUUUAGAUGGUCAAAUCUGUAGGUGUGAACCGAGUUAUUAUUUUCAAUAUACUGUACCUUAAUUCUCUACAUUAUUAUUUAUGUAUUAACAAAGUACUGUAAUAUUGCAGACAGUAAGUCACAACAAUUUGGUUGAAAAUUAGACAUCCAACCCACUUAUCCGAAAAUAAAUGAAGUGACGUUUCAGUCCCUCCUGGACCAUUAUCACCUCGUUAAACAACUUUAUUAAUGAUCCAGGAUGGACCGAAACGUCACUUCUUUUAUUUUCCAAUGUGGGAUUGGGUGUCUAAGUAAAUAUUAUGUUUGGGUGAGGUUAUUGUGUACAUGAUGCAUGAGAUUGUUAGAGAAUACAGUACUGUACAUUGAAGCUUCUUUUUUUUCUAGGUACAGUAUUGGCUUUUUGAAGUUACUGAUAUUGUUACGGAUAUUAACAUUUGUAAUAAAACAUUACUAUACCAAAUUUUGGCGAUGAGAACUUUUCCUUAAUUAAAUGUUAAAUAUAUUUCAUAUGGGCCAACUUUUGUUGUAAUAAUGACAUUAAAAAUUGGAAUAAAAUUUUAUUAUUAAGAUUGAUUUCAUUGUUGUACAGUAUAAUAUUGUGACAAUAUUUUAUCAUACUGUAGAUUGAUCCAUCUAUUCCAUAUAUUGUUUUUAUAGAGUUCCUGUGGCGUGGUGGUAAUACACUCGCCUGGCAUUUCGCGAGCGCUUUGGCCUCGGUUCGUAUCC